UGUACAUUUAUGGUAAUCAGCUGACGGAGGUACCCUCAGGCGUAUGCUUGCUCCCUAACCUUGAGGUGUUAAGUGUUGGUAUGAACCCCAUCAGACGUCUACCCAAUGACGUCACACGACUCGCCAGGCUGAAGACUCUCAGUGUCCCCGGCUGUCAGUUUGAUGAGUUCCCCAGACAGGUGCUGCACCUGAAGACACUGGAGGAACUGUACGCUGGACAAAAUGGCGGGCGCAAGUUUGACAUGGUCCCAGAUGAGGUGGGAAACUUACAACACCUGUGGCUCUUGUCAUUGGAAUAUAACCUCCUCAGAACCCUGCCGAGCACCAUGAGUCACCUGCACAACCUAAGGGUGGUCCAACUCCCGAACAACAAGUUCGACACGUUCCCAGAAGUCCUGUGUGAGCUACCUGCCAUGGAGAAACUGGACAUAAGGAACAACAACAUCACCAGGCUCCUAACCGCCCUUCACCGAGCAGACAAGCUGAGGGACUUGGAUGUGUCAGGAAACCCCCUGACAUACCCUCCACAGGAUGUGUGUGAACAAGGGACCGGCGCCAUCAUGGCCUUCCUGAAACAGGAGGCACGGAAAGAUGAGAGAAUUCUCCGUGCCUUCAACCGCCUGUCCGUGAGGAUGAGCCAAACCCAGUGGAAGCCUCUCGCCCGGAGCCUUGGGCUCAGCAACAGGGCGAUGGACGCCAUUAAGGCUUCCGCCCCAGACGAUGUUCCUGACCAGGUGUACCAGACCCUGGUACAGUGGAGAGAGAAGGAAGGUGAGGCGGCCACACUUUCCGCCCUGGAGCAGCACCUCAGAGAUCUGGACUUUCAGCAGCUGGCGGACCAGCUUUUACCGACCCCCAGGACCCCAGACCGUAGAGGCCAAGAAACUGGAGCCGUCGGUUCAGUUGAUGGCCAAGAGAAAGAUGGGCCGCAGAACAGCGCGAGGAAAUACCCCAGCGUGACGGUUGACCAGAAGUUUCCCAUCAUAAACUUUGACCGACUCGAGGAACAGUCCAUUCUAGGCCGUGGGGGGUUCGCCUACGUGAAAAAAGCCCGACAUCUGGACUGGAAGCAGGACGUCGCCGUCAAAUGUCUGCUGACGCGUCAGAUAGAAGGAAGUGAGCAGGAUGUGCUGUAUUCUGAAGCAAGGAAACUGAAGCUGGCCAGCAAUUCGGCCCACGUCAUCAGUCUGCUGGGGGUCUGUCUGGACCCAAACUUCGCCAUCGUGAUGCCCUACAUGGAGAACGGCUCUCUGGCCGGGCUGCUGCGGGAUGUGGACGUGCCCUGGGCCCUGAGGUGGAGAAUGGCGCACGAGAUCUCCCUGGGGAUGACUUUCCUGCACUGCCAGAACCCACAGAUUCUCCACUGUGAUCUGAAGGCAGAGAACGUGCUACUGGAUGGAGACUUCCAUGUGAAGAUUUCAGACUUUGGCCUGUCCAAGUGGAAGAUGAGAUCUCGUGUUGUCACUCAAACCAGCCCGGAAGGAAGCACCAUCACGCAUGCGCCACCGGAGUACUUCUUGGAUAUCAACCUCGUCCCAACACCAAUGUUCGAUGUCUACAGUUUUGGUGUGCUGCUUUGGGAGAUCAUUACGAGAGCAGAGCCAUAUGGAAAUGCUAUGAACUCUGCCCUGAUCAGACUUGCGGUGACGUCAGGACAGCGACCUGACCUGACCCUAGUUCCUACAGACCUGCCUGACGUGUCCACAGUCAGUCAGCUGAUGCAGACAUGCUGGAGCCAGAACCCGGAGGACAGGCCCACAUUCCAGGCGUGUGCAGACCGUCUCCUUGCCGUGACCAGCAGGUCCAGUAAAGAGGACAUUCUACAGGCCAUCAUUGACGUGAUGAAGGCUCGCAAGAACUGAUUCAAAACCUUGAUAUAUGGAUAGGAGACGUUUAACGACACCAGAUUUGUCAGGUUUUAGUGUAGACUAAGGAACAAGCAGGAGACAUCUACAGAGAAAAAUGCUGAUACAGCCACACAGAGUAGUUCAAAGGACACAGGAAGUUUCUAAUGCAUCAAGAUCCAGGACAGGCCAAAAGGCAACACUGGUUUAAAGUUAAAAAGUCUUUAACGAAUUGAACAUUUCCAGCAAUCUAUUUUCUGUUCAUUCAACAUUGGUAUUGCACCAGCAUAGUUCAGGGUCUGAAAUUCCUGGAAUCAGGUAAUAAAAUCAAAGUUGGUUAUUAUGCUUAAAUGGUUGAAGAUGUAAUAGCUUUCCUGAGCAAAAAUGGUUAAUGCAACAGAGGUUUCAUCUUUUUUUUACAAUCAAUGUUUUUGGGGGGCUGGUGUAGUAAUAAGACAAUAUCGCUAUUAUAUUAUAUGGGGAAUGUGUUUUUAUCGUCUAGAUUCCUUGAUAGACAAAUCGCAAGGCUGGUGCAAAAUCUUAAGAUGAUUUUCUAGUCACAAAUAAAAAGAAACGUUUGAAGAAACAAAUUGAGAUCAUUUGUACCAUAUCCCAACUUAACUACUUAAAAUCGUAACAAUUAUUAACUUUUGCAAUAUGUUAAGUCUUUGCUACUUGAUACACGUCUAAUGGUACUUACAGUAAUGUGCUUUUGAGAAAUAUUUACACAUAUUUUGCUUCUCAAUCUUGUGAUGCAGUGAAAUAAAAUUGUGUAAAAACGGUA